AUGACAUUCAAGAUGGUCUUCAUAACAACCGUGUUCCUAGGAUCCCUUGCCGCAUUCAUCAUGGGGCUGCGUAGAAACAACUUGCUGAAGCUCGACCUGGACGCCAUCAAGGAGGCAACUGGAAUUACAAAGAGUGAGAUUAUGGUGCUUGGAAGGAGGGCCCUGGAGAUAUUCGAAUAG